AUGUAUUCCACUGUUUGUAAACAAAACAGAAAUUCCGACAGAGAUAUUGCCACCUUCAUAUCCACUGGAUUUGUUGGUCAAUUAAGAGGCUGGUGGGAUCAUUAUCUCACCGAUAGUCAGAAAAAGGAUAUUCUUGUCAGUAAGAAAAUGAUUAAGUCUGAAGCUCUUGUAAUCGAAGCAAGUGGUGUUGCCACCACAGGCGAAGAAGAUGCGGUUUAUACACUGUGUCUAUCCAUCCUUCAGCAUUUUGUUGAAACCAAUAUCCCUAUUGGAGAAAAAAUUCAAACUCUACUCCAAAAUCUAAGAUGUCCUUCCCUUACACAUUUUAGAUGGUACAAAGACACAUUUUUGUCUAGAAUUUAUCAAUUAAAAAACCCAAAUUAUAUCCAUUGGAAAGCAAAAUUUAUUGAUGGUUUACCCCAUUUCUUUUCUGAAAAGGUUAGACAUUCUUCAAGAAGUAAAAAAGAUGGGAUAAAUAUUAACUAUCCUGAUCUUACCUAUGGUCAAAUUAUAAUCACUUGUGUUAAUGAAGGAUUAACUUUAUGUAAUGAUAUUAAGCUUAAAAAUCAUCUUAAGAAACAAAAACAUUCUGAAAAACACCAAAUGGGUGAAUUCUGCGAUCAGUUCGCCUUCGAUCUUGGUAGAUCCUCUGAGAAUAAAAAGAAAAAGGGAAACAAUUUCAGAAAUAAACCUCAUAGAAAUAAAUAUAGUUAUACAAAUUCUUGUAAGAAGAAUAAGAAAAGAAGCCACUUUAAUAAAAGUAGACCAAAAGAAAAGACAUUUAUUCAUAAAGGAAAAAGAAAAGCUAAAAUACUUGAUGUAUCUUGCCACAAAUGUGGUAAAGCUAGUCACUAUGCAAACAAUUGUUGGACCAAGAAAGCUCUCAAUGAGAUCAAGGAUGAACAAUUUCGCUCUCAACUUGAGAAAGUUUAUUUACUCAAGUCUGACUCAGAAACUAAUUCUUCUAAUGAAGAUAUUGACAUGAUCUAUGAAUCAUCAUCAGAUUAUUCAUCUGAUAAUCCUGACAAUAAUAAUUGUCAACAUAAUAAAAUUGACUACUGGAAGUCUAUUGUUGACAUGAAUGGUCUUAAUGUUCUUACUACAGAACAAGAUGAAGCCAUAAAGGCUAUUGAGUCUAUUUCUGAUAAUAACCUGAAAAGAAAAAUGCUUGAAGUUUUAAUUAAAGAAAUUUCUAAAAAAAAAUCUCCUAUUAUUAAUGAAGCACCCUACCAAUUAAGUGAGGUUUUAUCCAGAUUUCAACAAUCCAAUAUUUGUGAAACUCCUAUUUCCCUUACUGAUUUAAAUAGAAAAAUUAAUCUUUUGAAAUCUAAAAUUACUCACAUAAAGAAAGAUAAUCAAAAAUUAUCUCAAAGGGUCUCCUUGCUUGAAACAGGUAACCUUAAAGUUGAAGAAAUAUCCUCUACUAGCAGUCUUUCUACUAAUGAUAAAUUUCUCACUCUUAUUGAUAUAGUAAUUUCUCAAAAAUGGUUUGUUAAAAUAACUUUAGUUAUUAACAGAACGUUUAUUUUAGAAAAUGAAGUCACCCUUAUUGAUAGUGGUGCUGACCUUAAUUGUCUACAGGAAGGAAUUGUUCCUACCACGUAUUAUACAAAAACCACUCAAAUCCUUGCUCAGGCUAGUGGUGACAAAUUAACGUUUAAUUAUAAAUUACCUAAUACAUACGUUUGUAAUCAAGAUAUUUGUUUACCCAUUUCAACUUAG